GAGCCAGUCUCCUUCCUGCCCCCAAAAGAAGAAUGAUCUCUCUCAUCUGUGGACAGUUAAGAUACCACUUUCCUUCUGCUGUGAGUGUCUCUGGAUGGACAGGAAGGAACUGUGAGUCCAGGUCAUAGGUGCCGGCCCUGAGAGUCCCCGAGGUCACCUCUGGAAUGCUGUGAUCCUUUCUUCCUCCCUUCUCCCUCCCCCUCCUCUGCUAUUUCUCCAUCUCAGCUGUUGGAGGGUAUGUGUCUGUUCCUCUCGGGGGAGGACAGAACUCUGGCCACCAGAUAUUCAAGUGGAUGCCUUGCGUUUGUAUGUGUGCACGCAUGUGCAUGUAUGUGUGUGUGUGUGUGUCCAUGAGGGUGUCAAUGCAUGUUUAAGACGUGCCUAUUUCUGGCUGUGUGCACAUGUGGGUGUGUGAGUGUGUGUCCUCACUGUUCUAGCCCUUCCUCCUCAGCCAAGCAGAGACAGUGCCCUUGAGGAGGCAACAGGCGCAGUGGCACCAUGGCCUCAGCCGCCUCUGUGACCAGCCUGGCAGAUGAGGUCAACUGCCCCAUCUGUCAAGGCUCCCUGAGGGAGCCGGUUACCAUCGACUGUGGCCACAACUUCUGUCGUGGCUGCCUUACCCGUUAUUGCGAGACCCCAGGCCCGGAGCCCGAGGAACCCCUCACCUGCCCGCUCUGCAAGGAGCCUUUCCGCCCAGGAAGCUUCCGGCCCAACUGGCAGCUGGCCAGCGUGGUAGAGAACAUUGAGCGCCUGAAGCUGGUGUCCCAGCCAGGCUCAGAAGAGGAGGACGUCUGCCACGAGCACGGCGAGAAGGUCUACUACUUCUGCGAGGAUGAUGAGAUGCAGCUGUGUGUGCUGUGCCGGGAGGCCUGCGAGCACCGAGCCCACACUGUGCGCUUCCUGGAGGAUGCGGCCGGCCCCUACAGGGAACAAAUACAGAAGUGUCUCGAGUGUCUACGAAAAGAGAGAGAGGGAAUUCAAGAGAUCCAGUCAAGAGAAAACCAAAGGAUCCAAGUCCUUCUGACUCAGGUGGCCACCAAGAGACAAAAAGUGAUUUUCGAGUUUGCAUAUCUGAGCCAGUUCCUGGAGGAGCAGCAGAGCAUCCUCUUAGCCCAGUUGGAGAGCCUGGAUGGGGACAUCUUGAAGCAACGGGAUGAGUUUGAUGUCCUGGUCAGCGGGGAGAUCUGCCGGUUUAGUGCCUUGAUUGCAGAACUGGAGGAGAAGAACGAGAGGCCAGCAAGGGAGCUCCUGACGGAUAUCAGAAGCACUUUAAUAAGAUGUGAAACCAGAAAGUGCCGGAAACCAGAGGCUGUGUCGCCUGAGCUGGGUCAGAGGAUCCGGGACUUUCCCCAGCAGGCCCUCCCACUGCAGAGGGAGUUGAAGAUGUUUCUGGAAAAACUCUGCUUUGAGUUGGACUAUGAACCAGCUCACAUCUCUCUAGACCCCCAGACUUCCCACCCCAAGCUCCUCUUGUCUGAGGACCACCAGCGGGCUCGGUUCUCCUACAAAUGGCAGAACUCACCAAACAACCCUCAGCGUUUUGACCGGGCCACCUGUGUCCUGGCCCACGGUGGCUUCACAGGGGGAAGACACACGUGGGUGGUGAGUGUAGACUUGGCCCAUGGGGGCAGCUGCACCGUGGGUGUGGUCAGUGAGGCCGUGCGGCGGAAAGGGGAACUUCGGCUGCGGCCAGAGGAGGGCGUGUGGGCCAUGAGGCUGGCUUGGGGCUUUGUCUCAGCCCUGGGCUCCUUCCCCACAAGGCUGGCCCUGAAAGAGCAGCCCAGGCAAGUGAGGGUAUCUCUUGACUACGAGGUGGGCUGGGUGACCUUUGCCAACGCUGUCACCCAGGAACCCAUUUACACCUUCACUGCCACCUUCACUCAAAAGGUCUUCCCUUUCUUUGGGCUCUGGGGCCGAGGGUCCAGUUUCUCCCUAAACUCCUGAGAGGGUGAAGUUACCCUCCUCUAA